UGUGUCCUCUUGUUCUAUCCGUUGUCGCCCGGAGAAAGAGGCCGACCCCCAGCUCACUACAGCUACCCUUUAGGAAGUUGUAGAGAGUGAUGAGGUCACCCCUUAGUCUCCUUUUCUCCAGGCUGAACAACCCCAGCUCCCUCAGUCGCUCUUCAUAUGGCUUCUGUUCCAAGCCCUUUAUUAGUCUCAUUGCCCUCCUCUGGACACGCUCAAGUAACUCGACGUCCCUCCUAAAGUGAGGGGCCCAGAACUGGAUACAAUACUCCAAGUGAGGCCUCACCAGUGCUGAGUACAGGGGAAGAAUGACCUCUCUGUUCCUGCUGGCCACACCAUUCCUGAUACUGGCCAGGAUGGCAUUGGCCCUCUUGGCUACCUGGGCACACUGCUGGCUCAUAUUCAAUCGGAUAGAUGGCCAAGUUUGAGAAUUUGCUUUAGAGCUGUUUAUUAUCAGUCAUAGAAGGGCAUUGAUGAUGUCUGUGGCACUGCAACCCUCUUGAUUGGUAACAUAAGAGCAAAGUGGGUGCCAGAGCAGAGUCUGCUAAAGGGAGGUAGGUAGCCCAGGCAGAAGUAAAGAAUAGGUGAGAAGCUUAUGUGCUGGGAAAACUUCUCCCUAAAUCUAUGGAUGAAAUGCUGGGAAGUGCUGGGUAUACAGGUAGUGUACUUGUGGCUUGGUUGAACUGCAGCUUUUGGCCCCUACAAUAGUGUCCUCGUUUUGGCUGGGGUACAGUUCAUUUCUUCCUGCUAGCUGCUACAGCAUUGUGUUUUGGAUUUAGUAUGAGAAUAAUGUUGAUGACACACUGGUGUUUUCAGUUGUUGCUAUGUAGUGUUUCUGUUGAGUCAAGGACUGUUCAACUCAUGCCACACCAGUGAGGAGGCUGAGGGGGCAUGGGAAGUUCAUAGCUGGGACAGCUGGCCCAAGGGAUAUCCCACAUCCUGUGGCAUCAUAAUCAGCAUAUAAAGCUGGGACGAGAAGGGUUUCCUAGGGGUUCAAUUCCUUAUUUUACUUUGCUUUGUACAUGACUUUUGCUUUAUAUAUCAAACUGUCAUUAUUUUAAUACAUGUUUUCACUCUUUUAUGAUUCUCUCCCCCAUCCUGGGUGGGUAUUAGCAAGCAGCUGCAGGGUCUGAGUUGCCAGCUGGGCUUAAACCACUGCACAAGGGAAAGGAGUUCUUACUGUAAAGCCACCCAGUGUUAUAAUAUCUUAAAAUUGGAAUCCUUUGUUUGACUCUCUGCUUGAGUUGUGAAUCAUUGUUUCUUCUGGUUGUUAGUGAAACAAAACUUAAUUUGGCCUGAGCACUGUAGAGAUGAAACAUGAUUGGUAAUGCUGUAUACAUUCACUUCAGAUGACUUUAUAAAUCCCAGAUGAAAUAAUUUUGCUUCAUUCCAGACAAGGCAGAGCAUGGCAUGUGCUCUGUUACAAGAGUCAGCCUUGCUGGAGGCCCUGCAUAACCUUAUCUAGAAGAGUAUGAUUUCAUGAGAGUAGAUAUACUGUGGAUUUUGAGCGAUUUGUUACAUUAGCUCAUUAAUUCACUCAUUGUUUCUUGGUUUUGCUCACAAUGGAAAGUUUUUUAAAAAGUUCUUUUCUCCUUCAAAUCCAAUUAUUACUAAGUGAUGACUUCUCUGAUCUCUCAUCCUCUAGGGAAGGAGAUGUGUUAAAAAAUACAGGCGUUAGAAUGGUAGGUGCUACUGCCUAACUCUUGUCCCCAACAAACUUCUCCUGUCAAAAAGCAGACUGAGUUAACAUUCAGGCAAUGCAGUCAAACCUCCACUCAACACUUACUGCAAGUGGCUCAGAAAUAGAGGCAAGAAAGGCUCUUUUGCAAGGUUUUAUUCCAGCAGAGUAAUACAGUCGCUGAAGGGAAACCCGACGGGAAAGAGAGCGAACCACGUGGAGCAGGCAGCUUAUCAAGGGGAAGGGGUGGGGGCCAGAGCUAAGGGCUGGGCAGAUGGGACUGACCCGCCUUCAGGGGAAGUGGGAUGGCCCCCAGGGAUGCCAGGCCAGUCAGGGGACAGGGGAAGGAGUAACCAGAGGAAGUUGUAACACAAAAGGUCCGUUUGGGAGUCAAUUUUUCCCCUGCAGGAGGACUAACUCUUAAGGUCAAAAUUUAUCUGUUUCACUCAAAUUAGUGUCAUUUUAACCAUCCAAUAGAAGAGAAAUAUGAGGCAAAACAGAAGUAACCUCUCCUCCUUCCAGAAUGUUGGAUCAGAUUCCAGCAAGAUUAUGGCAGACUAUAGCCACUCACAGAACCAGAUGGAAUUACAAAAUGCUAAUUUGGGAAAGGGUUCUGUGGCAAAUUCCCCUGAAAGUAGUCUCCAAGAUAUUACGGAAAACCUCAACACAAGGAAAUAUUCAUCAACUCUUAAAUUUAAAACAAAUGGGGACUAUGCUGGCUCUUAUUUAACCCUUUCACAACCUAUGCCAAUUAAGCCUAAUCCUUCCACCAGUGUUAAAAAUAUGCACUCUAUUAACAAAAUUCAAGGAGGGAAGCAGUUCCCCUGUGAAAGCCCAUAUCUUCCAGAUAAAAGCAUCUCUGCAAAGCAUUUGAGUUCCAUAUCAGGCAUGUCUCCUUCCCUCAGUGGGUAUAGUUCUGGAAGGGCAGAUUUUGACAUUUAUGCCAGCAGAGAAAAUGAAAAAUCCCUUGGACACAUGGAAAAGUUUCACUACUCAAAGUACAGUCAGAGAAAUAAAUCUUAUGACAACAUCUACUUCCCAGGAAUGCUGGAAUCUAAGAAGAUCUCAGGCUCUCUUCUGACUAUGUGGAAUGGAAGCUCGGGGAAUGAGCUGAUGCUUUCACCUGGUAGCAAUUCUGGGGCAGCCAGCAUGCCUUCCAGCCCAAAGCAAGGCAGGAGGAUGAAUGCUGAAAACAGUCUGGCCCUUCACAUAAAACCAGUGAAGUACAAGGAUGAGCUGAUGGAAACUCUGGGUUCACGGCCAAGGAAAUACUCUGGUGGAUCUCUAAGUCAUAUGGGAAUGUACAGUCGUUCCCUACCCAGACUUUAUAAAUCAACAGAAAACCAGCUGGUGCCAUUAAGUUUGCCCCCCAGAAGCUCUCUGGGUAAUAGUAAAAGGAAAAAACUUGGAGAAAAAGAUCUACCUCAGAAUGCUUUUGAUGCUGAUAAUUACCUGAAUUUUUCUUCUUGCAGCUCAGGGGUUUCACCACAUGUAAAUUCUGUCUCCAGGAGUAAUCCUUAUGUCAGUUCAACUCUCAGUGUUCCUGCAAGCCCUCGUAUUGCUAAAAAAAUGCUUUUAGCACCUUCUUCCCCAUAUCUCCCUGAUGAUUUUGACAGACUUGGACUCUCAGGAACAAGUCCCAGUAGUUCUUUCUCCCCAGUGGAUUUUGACAGGUCAUUCUCUGUCCGAAGAAACCUUUCCACCAGUUCCAUGGAACUUGAUGACCCAGAUCUGGAAAGUUACAGACAGACACCAAAUUCUGUGCAAACAUCCAUGCGUGAGCGGAAGAACAGCAUUAGCUCGAUUUCAGGAAGGGAAGACCUCAUGGACUAUCACAGGAGGCAGAGAGAAGAGCGACUUCGGGAGCAGGAGAUGGAACGGCUGGAACGACAGCGGCUUGAGACCAUCCUCAAUCUGUGUGCAGAAUAUUCCAAAUCUGACAGCGAUCCUGCUGCAGCCACUACAGUUGCUGAUGUUCAGAAAAUUAACAAAGAGCUCGAAAAACUUCAACUUUCUGAUGAGGAUUCCGUGUUUGAAGACUCACAGAUGAAUCUGGAAAUGAGGUUCAGAAGCCACUUGAAAUCAUCUGCGAGUGACUCUGAUUUCUCAGAGCUGAGCAGCCACAGCCGUGGCACUGCUGCUUACCUGCCCUUGAGGGGGCUGAGGGCUGAGGAGCACUUCAGUGAGAGCACCAAGCCUCCACCUUUUGCUGCUCACAGCUUCCUCAAGGACGCCACUGAGUCAUCCUACCUAAGCAUCACACCAAAGUUGCAGAUACCAGAAUGCACCAGUGAAGAGCAGAGAAGGCAGGAGCUUGGUCAACUGGAGGAGGAACGCAUAGUAAUACUGAAUAACUUGGAAGAACUUGAGCAGAAGAUCAAAGAUUUAAAUGACCAGAUGGAUGAAUCCUCAAGAGAGUUGGAUAUGGAAUGUGCCCUUUUGGAUGGGGAGCAGAAAUCUGAAACAACAGAGCUGCUGAAAGAAAAGGAAAUAUUGGAUCAUCUAAACAGGAAAAUAGCUGAACUGGAGAGAAAUGUUAUUGGUGAAAAGACAAAGGAAAAGUUAAAACUUGAUGCUGAGAGGGAGAAACUAGAGAGGCUUCAGGAGCUUUACUCCGAGCAGAAGACGCAGCUUGAUAAUUGCCCUGAAUCCAUGAGGGAACACUUACAGCAACAGCUGAAGAGGGAUGCUGAUAUUCUGGACAUAGAAAGCAAACACUUUGAAGAUUUAGAAUUUCAGCAGCUUGAACAUGAAAGCAGGUUAGAUGAAGAGAAGGAAAAUCUGACACAACAGCUCCUGCAUGAAGUCGCUGAAUAUCAGCGCAGCAUUGUCAGUAGAAAGGAAAAGGUUUCUGCUCUCAAAAAACAAGCCAAUCAUAUUGUCCAACAAGCACAAAGAGAACAAGAUCAUUUUGUAAAAGAGAAAAACAACUUAAUAAUGAUACUGCAAAGGGAAAAAGAAAAUCUCUGUAAUCUGGAAAAGAAAUAUUCCACACUUUCUGGAGAAAAAGGAUUUCCUGUCAGUCCCAAUAGUUUGAAAGAGGGCUAUAUCUGUGUAAGUGAAAUUAGUGAGCUGUGUGGCAAUUCCACGAAUAUAUCCCCUUCCACUCAGACCCCCUCAGAUGUUGAAGCAGUGGCCACUGAGCCUUCCACGGCUGUGCUGACGAGCCAGCCACAAAAUAAAGAGCUAAGAUCACCUCUCUGUUCUGGAUUUGUAUUUCCUCACUCUCUUUCUCCUCGCUCUAUUGCUCAACUUCCAUCAGUCCAUUGGCCUGAGGUCAUGGCUACUCAUGUAGAUCCUAUUCCUUUAUCUGAUACACCUCCACCUCUGCCAGCUAAGAAACACUGCAGGGAACAACAGCAUUUCAGAAGCCUGGAGGAGCGCAAGAAGCAGCACAGGGAGGGCACGUACCUGAGCGAUACUCUGCCCCGCAAGAAAACAACCCCAUCCAUGUCUCCCCACUUCAACAGCGCCACGCUGGGACGCAACAUUGCAAACAAAGGACAUUUACCAUUAGGACAGAGCAACAGCUGUGGCAGCGUACUUCCUCACUGCCUGGCAACCAUGACCAAAGAGUCAGAGUCAAGAAGGAUGCACAAAGGGUAUAACCAUCAGCGUAUCUGUGAAAACCAAAGGCAGAAGUCUCCGGAAUUUUACAGCAGAACAGCAUCAGAAUCCAAUGUCUACUUGAACAGUUUCCAUUACCCAGAUCGUAGUUACAAGGACCAUGCCUUUGACACGUUAAGCUUAGACAGCUCUGACAGUAUGGAGACAAGCAUAUCAGCAUGCUCACCAGAUAACAUUUCCAGUGCUAGCACUUCAAAUGUUGCAAGAAUAGAGGAGAUGGAGAGACUUCUCAAACAAGCACAUGCUGAAAAGACUCGGCUGCUUGAGACCAGAGAACGGGAGAUGGAAGCUAAGAAACGAGCUCUGGAAGAAGAAAAACGCCGCAGGGAGCAACUGGAGAAAAGGUUGGAGGAAGAAACGAGCCAGAGGCAAAAAUUAAUUGAAAAAGAAGUCAAAAUACGUGAGAAACAAAGAGCACAGGCCCGUCCCUUGACUCGCUAUUUGCCCAUUAGAAAGGAAGACUUUGACCUACGAAGUCACAUUGAAACAGCUGGGCACAACAUAGAGACCUGUUACCACAUUUCUCUCACUGAGAAAACCUGCCGAGGCUUUCUGAUUAAAAUGGGAGGGAAAAUUAAAACAUGGAAAAAACGGUGGUUUGUUUUUGACAGAAACAAGAGAACUUUUACUUAUUAUGCAGACAAACACGAAAAUAAAUUAAAAGGUGUAAUAUAUUUUCAAGCUAUUGAAGAAGUCUAUUAUGAUCAUCUAAAGAAUGCAUAUAAGAGUCCCAACCCGCUGCUGACUUUCAGUGUUAAGACCCAUGACCGCAUCUACUACAUGGUUGCUCCUUCUCCAGAAGCCAUGAGGAUAUGGAUGGAUGUCAUUGUUACAGGCGCAGAAGGCUACACCCACUUCAUGUUAUAAUAAAAGGGAGCAAUAGGGCAUCCUGCAAUAACAUAAAUAAUUAAGUUAGCCAUAGCUAGUGACAGCUGAAAAGCCAGUGAAUACCCUGAAAUGUCCUCCUUAUGAUGUGCACCCUAAAAACUCAGAUUGAGAGGGGGUUACAAAUGCAUGGAAAAAGGGGGGUUAUCUGUUGUAAUUGAUCUUUAUAGGAAUGAACGAGCUAAAGCUGUUGAGAGAAUCAUAGUGCUCCAAAAUGGAUAAUCAGGCAAUUUUAAUUACAGAAUCUUGGUUGAAUGAUAAGUUUCUACAAAUUCUCGUAUACAGAGAAUGUCUUCAUAAAUUUAUACAGAACAGUUUACAAGUGUGUGUGUUCCUACUGGUAUGCAAAAAUUCUAGUAGUGAAACAAAAAGGUGUAAUAAGCAUAUAUUUUAAUAUACAACAUUUGACAUUUAUAGAUGAUUAGGUGAGUUUUUAAAACCUUUAGUCGAGUAUUUUAUAGAAAUACAAACAAAAAAGAAGCCCUAAGGUACACACAGUUCUUGCCUUAGUAGUUAAAUGUUACAACAGAGCCAAAGAGUUACAUGAGUCCCUUACAUUUUCAUAUUGUUACUUGUACCUAACUUUCUGUGAAGGGACAGUGCCAAAACUCUUAAUGAUUUUUAAUGUAAUUAAAUUAUUAUAUUCUUUGUGUUCAAACACUUUGUGGCAACAACUCUAUGUUUAAAGUUCGCAUCUAUGGAGCUCAACAAGUAAAAAACAAAAAAACCCUGAGAGGGAUAGCUUUAUAAAGAUGCAUUUUUUUCCACAAGGAUGAGAAAUGGAAACACAUGUAUUAACUUCCUCAUAAAGAGAGAUUUUUAAAAUCUUCCCUGUUGAACAGAAUAAGCUGAUUCUGGACUCUACAGCACUUUUCUUUAUAUAUAAGGUCCCAGUAUCUUUCUAAUGUUACUCAGUGCCAAGUGAACGGUCUGUUGAAAUCUCUCAAAUAUUGUCUGCCUUGAAGCCAGCACCAAAAUCUCUACCUGUCUGAAUUCUUUGGAGCCAAGCUUUCAGUCCCAGAGAAUUGUUUUGUUGUUUAAUGUACAUCUGCACAGAAAAAUGCUGUCAAAUAGAAUUAAGAGGAGAGGUGAGUUCCAAGAGUUUACACUAAGCAGUGUAUGAAUAAAAAACUGAAAGCUUGAAGUAGUAGGGAUUGAGAUUCCUAAAACAGCAAAAAUACUGAGGGUGCAGCAGUCUCCCAUUUUAAAAUCACCUCCAAGUCCUUGAGUAAUAUUGCAAAUGAUAAAGUAUUUAAUUGAAAUUAACUUCAAGAAAGUGUCAUAUUAUGACUUUAAAGAUUGAAACUUACACACUCUGUGGUUUGUGUACUAGAAGAAAGCACAUUCACCUUUUUUUUCUUUGAUGAAAAAGUUAAUGGCUUUUAAUUGAACAAAUAAACUGAAACCAGAAUAGAAAUAUGCUGGCAGAAUAUUUUUGUUAUACUUUUUAAACCCUGUAGCUGUAAUGAACAGGUUUGUGGUAUGUACAGGUGAUGUGAUUGUUCUGGCAUGACAAACAUCAGUUUCUACUUGAAUCAUAGAAGAGACUGUUGUUGCAAGAUAAUUGUUUUCAUCUGUGCAGAUCACAGCUUGUAAUCUAUAAUUUAAAACACUAUCAAAUAAAUUGCUUUUGUUUAUACAGUUAUUAUUUUUCCUGAUGUUUUUUGAUUUUAUUCCCAAGUAUAGUUAUAAAGGUUUUCUAAUACUGAUUUUUGUAUCCUGCAUGAUGCAAUGAAGGCAUUUCAAUAAACAUUUUUAAAAAUA